AUGAAUGACUUCGGCAGCUCUUCAUCGCCAUUUCUAAGGAAAAGACCAACUGCUGGAACAAGUGACGCAGAUCGCAAAGCUAGCCAUGAUGCGGAGGAGCGGGUUUUCGGGCCUAGGUUCAAAUCUGGUUUAGCGGUACCCCAAAAUAAAAAGAUCUCGUUGCAGGGCUUCGUGUUAAGUGGAUUCGCCAUUGUUGUCACCGCCAGUAUAAUGUUCCUCUUGGGGGUCAACAUCGUGAUUGAGUACCGGACCAUAGUUCCCGAGGACCGUUCAGGAAUGGUGCGGAAAGCAUGCUACAUUGUUCUGAGUGUUGCCGGGGUCUACGUCUUGAACAAAUUUAACUAUUGGUUCUACAAAAAAAUGAUGACGUACUUCACAAGCUCGGAGUACAAGGGUUUACCGUCGCACGAGGAACAUUUCGAGUUAUCGUCCCGUGCGUAA